AUGGUGCUCGAAACUCCGGUCUGUUCUCCCAUAGACAAAGAAUCCUCCUCCGACGAUGUGCAGCUCAACAAACCGCCGAAGAAAAAGCGGAAGCUUGACGUCGUCUAUCCACCCAGAGACAAUACAUCCUCCUCCUCCGAUGUGAAACCCAAAGUCCCCGGAUAUUGUGGGGUAAAAGCCAUUGGAUGUAAUCGCUCUGACGAACUCCUUGCAGAGGUGGCACUCCAUUCCUACAAUUCUCAAACGGGGACAAAUUUAGAGUUGAUGACUGUAACCCAAGUCAUGCUGCAAUCGGUUGCACAUAUCAAUUAUCAUAUGAUAUUGGAUGCCUUUGAUCCAGCCAACAAUUCCCUUUCCAGUAUUGAAAUAUGCCUUUGGGAUGCUGCCGUAAAGAAUAAUGAGAAAUUGAGAUUAGUCACCACUUUUUGCAGCCUUGAAGGGUCUGGAGAUAAAGGUUCCCAAUGGGAUCCUAAUGGUGUAGACGUGCUCUAUACUGGUGUGAUGCCUAAGUGGCUAGAUGAUGGUGCCCUUUCAGGAAGCGAGAAGCUACACUACUAUGAGGUUAAUGAUUCCGAUUUGCAAGAGAAUAAAUGGCUUCAUCUAUAUGCUCAAGUUGGAGCAUACUCUAAGUGGGAUCUUGGCAUGGUUAAACAUUUCCCAUUGGAGAUAAAGAAAGUAGUGGUACAAACAAUGGAAGACGACAUAGAGUCAAAUUUGAAGUUGAAGUCGAGCAAUGCUAUCUUCUAUAUAACCUUCACGACUAGUGGAGGUGUCGAGUGCGCAUGCAUAAUAAGGCAAACGAGGAAUGGAAGACCACAACACAUGUGCCUUGAAAUUAAUAAUGUUGAGAUGGACAAGUAGACAAAUAUA